CCUUGCCACCCUCCCCAGCCCUGCAAACUUAUGCUGCUGAUGAAGGGUCCUGCAUUGUGGACCCUAAAAAAUUCUGGCUAAGGAAUAGCAUUGCACAUUACUCUGCAUUGCUCCGCCCCCUCUCCCACACAAGCUUACAGGGUAUUGUGUAGGGAUGGUAUGGUUUAUUCUCUAAACCAGUGUGUCUCUUUGUCAAGCCAACAAGGGGGGGCAAUAUUCACAUGGUUACUAAACACUUAGAACCUGUCAUUUCACAAUCUGUUUCCAUUUUGCUUUUAAAAUGGAAGUACUGGAAUCUUAACAAUCUAACUUGCUUUGUCUGUCCCUUCUAAGGAAUUAGAAGAAAAAGCAGAAGAGGAGGAAAAAUUGGAGGUGGUGACUUAAGUGAGAGCAGUUCUUUUAAGAACUCUGUUUGCUUCAAAAUAAAAACAUCACCUAUGUAGCACCAAAUUUGUGAGCCCCUCAGAAAUGUACAAAACUUUACCAACUGUACUUCAUUCAGCAAAAUGCUCUGUUCCUCGUAUGGUGGCACAUGGCAGUAGCAGGAUUCAGUAGUGGGAGGGCUGUGGUGGCAGUGGUAAAAUUGAUAAGAGCUGCAAGUGUUCAGCCAUUUCAGGAACCGGUCGUGCCUGAACAAGGACUGGCUAGAAGGGGCAGCCUGCAUGUUUUGGUAAUGGUGUUUACACUGGCAUUCAGCUCUUUAUUUAUUUGUUCUCUCUUCUGUUGCCUGUUUGCCUGGAUUAAACAAUGUUUCACUUACAGAAGAUAGCAUGCUGCUGCUUGACAGCCCUUUUCAAUUGGUGAAAGAGAGAUCUGAGGGGAAAGCUUCCAGGUAAAAGAUUUGGAAGUUUAUGCUUCUGUGCCAUGAAUUUGACUCCCUGGUUUAAGAGAAAAGAGAUUUCUCAAGCUCUCGGAGUGAUUUUACAAAAGAGAAGGGAAGAUCCUCACAAGGAUUUUUGAUAAUUGGUAUUCCACCCUGUUGGCACUUAUUCCUAACCUAACCCCUUAAACUUGAAAGAAGAGGAAGCAGCAGCAAGUGAAGUUUAACUUUCCUCAGUUGUAGCCACAGCAGACUUCCUGGCAAUGGCCUUUUCCGUUCCAAGACUUGUGCCCCUGGAAAAAAUCAUUAUUACUAAUCCUUACUGCUCUGCCAUAAACAUUCCAGUAUAGCAGUGUCUGAUACUAGAGCAAUCUAAGGCUCAGGUUCCGUGCAUCUGCUAUCAAAGUGUUCUAAUUACUGCCGAAAAUAUUUAAUUUUUCACCUGGCUGAUUUGUGACUACCAUGUCAUAUGUUUAAACCUGCACCUGCAGUUUGCAAGAUGACUUACUGAAGUGAUUCCAAUGUUACCUUCCUCCUUUUUAAAUGUCUCCAGUGGCUCAUGCAAGUUUGAAUUUCUGUGAUCAACCACAGGGAGUGAGGAUCCAAAGAGGAGGAAAGUGGACUCGAGAGGAAAAACAACCUUUCCUGCUUUCAGUUCUGAGGCAGUUUCUCAAUUUAGAACGAAUUAGUCCAAAGGAAGAAAAUAUUCUUUCUAUACCUGCAGAAGAAGCUACUACUCUUAAAAGCUGGAUUAUCACUUCAAUAGUCUCUGAUGGACUCAGGAGAGGUUUAAAUCCACCCCACAGAGUGAAGUCAAUCUCCAUGACCACAUUCACACAACAGGAAAUAGAAUUUCUACAGAAACAUGGAAAUGAAGUGUGUAAACAGAUUUGGCUAGGAUUAUUUGAUGAUAGAUCAUCAGCAAUUCCAGACUUCAGGGAUCCACAGAAAGUAAAGGAAUUUCUACAGGAAAAAUAUGAAAAGAAAAGAUGGUAUGUUCCUCCAGAACAAGCAAAGGUGGUGGCUUCAGUCCAUGCAUCUAUAUCGGGGUCUUCUGCAAGUAGUACAAGCAGUACACCUGAGGUGAAGCCACUUAAAUCUCUUUUGGGAGAAUCUGCACCAGCAUUGCACUUAAACAAAGGCACACCUAGCCAAUCCCCUGUUGUAGUUCGGUCUCAAGGGCAGCAGCAGCAAGAAAAGAAGCAAUUUGACCUCCUCAGUGACCUUGGCUCAGAUAUCUUUGCUGCUCCUGCUCCUCAAUCAACUGCUACAGCAAAUUUUGCAAACUUUGCACAUUUCAACAGUCAUACAGCGCAGAACUCUGCAAAUGCAGGUUUUGCAAACUUUGAUGCAUUUGGACAGUCUAGUGGUUCGAGUAACUUUGGAGGUUUCCCCACAGCAAGUCAAUCUCCUUUUCAGCCCCCAAAUACAGCGUUCAGAACGCUUUCAUCUAGCUGCAGUUUUGGUGAAUUUACUUCAGCUUUUCCUCUCCAGGCUGUACACAGUGGGAGUGCUGGAUCAGGGAAUGCUAACUUUGCUCACUUUGAUAACUUCCCCAAAUCCUCCAGUGCUGAUUUUGGAGCCUUCAGUGCUUCUCAGAGCAACACAACAGCAACUGCAGCCAGUAAAGCUGCAGUGAAUAAACCAACUCUCCAGUCAGCAGACAAAUAUGCAGCUCUUGCUAACUUAGAUAAUAUCUUCAGCACAGGACAAGGUGGUGGUGAACAAGGAAGUAGCUUCAGCACUGUAGUUACAGCAUCAGCAGGUCCUGUUGUAUCAGCCCCAAGUCAGUCAAGUGCAUCUUCAGACAAGUACGCAGCUUUAGCAGAAUUAGACAGCGUAUUCAGCUCUACAACAACGUCUAGUAAUGCAUAUACUUCCACCAGUAAUGUUAGCAGCAAUGCUUUUGGAACAGUACCCGUGGCUGCUUCCGCACAGACACAGCCUGCAUCUUCAAGUGUGCCUGCUCCAUUUGGAGCAACACCUUCCACAAAUCCUUUUGUGGCUGCCCCCGUUGCCCCAGUGGCACCUUCAACAAACCCAUUUCAGACCAAUAGCCGAGGAGCAACAGCGGCAACUUUUGGCACUGCAUCCAUGAGCAUGCCUGCAGGGUUUGGAACACCUGCCUCCUACAGUCUUCCUACUAGCUUUAGUGGCAGCUUCCAGCAGCCCACAUUCCCAGCGCAGGCAGCUUUCCCACAACAGACAGCUUUUGCUCAACAACCAAAUGGUGCAGGUUUUGCUGCAUUUGGACAGGCAAAGCCUGUAGUGACUCCAUUUGGACAAGUUACAGCUGUUGGAGUAUCUAGUAAUCCUUUUAUGGCUGGUGCACCAACAGGACAAUAUCCAACAGGAAAUUCAUCGACCAAUCCUUUCUUAUAGCCUUAUAGACACUUUACCCAAAAGAACUCUUAUGUGGUCACUUAACAUCUCUGCGCCUCUUGCACUGUUGUCUUGUUUCACUGAUCUUAGCUUUAAACACAAGAGAAGUCUUCAAAAAAAAAAAAAA